UCCUGUAACCAACUGCUGUAAUGUAUUUCCAUUUCAGAUAGUGGAGAAUAGGUGAAUUUGCAAAUUACACACACAUUCAGAAUAUGUCCAAGAUGUGAAACAACUACAAGAAAGAGUCUACUUGCACUACCAGCCUGAAUGCACGUUGUGAAUUGCAUUUGAAAUAACAAGUAUUCAUAAGAGGGAUGGAAAAUGCAAUUUUGUAAGACAAAUCCUGUUGUAUGUUAAAAAGGAACAUGUCAGUUGCUUAAGUAUACCCACCUUGCAUUUCUCAUUCUGUUACUGAAAUUUUUGUCGUAGUUCAGUGUGUUUUAAACAAUGAUGAAACAUUUGCUGACAAAAUUUUAAGGAUCGCAUGUGAAUUAGGUGCUUCCAUCAGAAAACUAUUAGAUUAUUAGAACUCCACAUGAUUUAUACUAAGAUAAAAAUUGCCUCAUUGUGCACGUAGCUUUAUUGCAAGCAUAUAUUUUGCAUGCAGACACUGGCACAGUUUACAGAUGUUUUAUUAGAUUUCAUUUUGGUGUUUCUGCAGAAAAUUUAUUAGAAAAUUAAAUCUUAAUUUUGUGUAUAAAGGAGGAAGCCAAGGAAUGGCAGAUAUGGUAGAUUUUUUAUAUUCAAGGAAAUCUUCAUAAAGAACUAAUUCUGGAGAGUGUAUAUAGGGGAUUUUAAAAGGGUUUUGUUCUUAGUAUAUCAUUUAGAAUUUUCUUCAAUAUUUUGACAUUUUGAUGAUAUGGAGACAAAAACUGAAGAUGCAGCCAGUUUAUUAGGGAGUGCCGAUUAUAAAAAAGGAAAGAAAAAAGUCUGUGCAAAAGCUCGUAGUAGAGAAAAGCCAUAUGCGUGUCAAAUUUGUGGAGAGUCUUUUAGAGAUGAAGUAAUGAUACAAAACCAUAUGAGGACUCAUACUGGUGAAAAGCCUUUUAUUUGUCAAGAAUGUGGGCAAGCAUUUAGUGAAAAAUGUCAUCUUAAUGUUCACAAGAGAACUCACACAGAAGAAAAGCCAUUUGUUUGCCUUGAAUGUGGAAAAGGGUUCAUUAUGAAACAAGUUCUUGAAAAGCAUAUAAACACUCACACUAAGCCCUUCGUGUGCCCGGAAUGUGGGAAAAGAUUUGGCCAGAAAGACACUCUCACCAACCAUAUAAGAACUCACACAGGUGAAAAGCCAUUUACUUGUCAAGAAUGUGGAAGAGCCUUUGCUGAGAGAGGACAUCUGAAAAUUCACACAAGAAGACACACAGGAGAAAAACCUUUUUUGUGUAAGGAAUGUGGAAAAUCAUUUAUUCAAAAACAACAUUUAAUAAAACAUAUACAGACUCAUACUGGAGAAAAACCUUGGGUUUGCAUGGAAUGUGGUAAAACCUUUAGUAAAAAGGAUAGUUUAAAUGUUCAUACGAGAACUCACACUGGAGAAAAACCAUAUUCAUGUCAGGUGUGUGAGAAGGCUUUUAGAGAAAAAGGUACUCUCGAAGUACAUAUUAGAAGUCAUACUGGAGAGAGGCCUUUUCAAUGUCUGGAAUGUGGUAAAAGAUUUGGCUCAAAAAAGAAACUUUCUGUUCAUAUGAAAAUGCACACAGGAGAGAAGAAGGCAUUCUCUUGUGAUGAGUGUGGUGUAGAACUUAGUUCGAAAUGGAGCCUCAAUGUACAUAGAAGAGCUCACACGGGAGUAAAGGCCUAUUCAUGCGAGGAAUGUGGAAAGGCAUUUGCAGAAAAGCAGUACCUUACUAUUCACUUGAAUACUCACUCAGGGGAGAAACCUUUUUCUUGCAAGGAAUGUGGUAAGUCAUAUGCUACAAGGAGCCGUUUGAAUGUGCAUCAGAGAAAGCAUCUUAAAGAGAAACCGCACACGUGUCAAGAUUGUGGGAAGGGAUUUACAGAGAAACGGAGUUUAAAUAUUCAUCUGAAAAUUCACAAAGAUGAAAAAGCUUUCAUUUGUCAAGAAUGUGGAAAAGGAUUUAUUUUAAAGGCAUAUCUUAAAAGACACUUGAAGAUACAUGGAAGUAAGAAGUCAUUAAGGAAAGUUAGAAUUCACAUUACUGGUGAUAAACUCGAGUCUUCUCCUGGUUUUGUCCAAGGUGAAGAAAUAGGUCAUUCACAACCGACUACUAGGACUCUUGACAGUUUAGAGAGCAGUCCCAAUACUACUGGGAAGGAAAAAGAUGGAGAAGAAUUAUUCCCCUUUGAAAACCAUGAAACUAUUUAUAUUAAAGAGGAGCCUUCCAACUAGAAUAUGGAAUGUAGCAGUAGCCCUUUGGAAGAAAAAUAUUUAGUAAGAGAUACUGACAAAUCAGAAUUUUAUCGGUCUCCAUCAAAAGCAGAAAUGGUUAGUUCCCAAGAAAUGUGAGAAUAAUAGGUAAAAUAAAAGAAUGAAUGUGAUCAUACAAUGUUUUUAAACUAUUUAUGUAUCUUUUAGUCUAAUAUUUGUUAUCUUUCGUAUAUGUUUAGAGUAGUAAUUGAAUGUGCAAUAUUAACAAGUUAAUGAAAAACAAGUAACCGACAACUUAGUGUACUAUAUAUUUUCAUGAAAUUAAUAACUUUUGAGAAUAUAAUGAUUCUCACAGCUCUAAUCAAAUGUCCUUGUAGCAUAUGUUAGUAUUUAGUUUCUGAUACCUGUUUCUUGAUUCUUGAAUGAUGGAUUUGUAAUGAAACUUUAGUUAGUUAAACACAAAACUACUAUUUUUAAGUAAGCCCAUUUUCGAUAAAUUAAGUUCCUCUUUUCCUAGCCCUGGGGGUACCAAGAGAGUGUAACUCCCUUAAGACUCACAGCGGCUAUCAAAAACAGGUUUUUGUACAUUAAAAUGUUUUAUUUUUCUCACAUAUUUGAUAUAUAUCACAGAAAUCAAUACAAUUAUUCAAAUAAAUGUACAGCAGUGUUCAGGAAAGAUCAAUGUUUCAAUUUUAUAGAAGUCUGCAUUAAUAAAACAGCACUGA